CUUUGAUGCACUUCUAAAAGAGAUAGAAGCUUGGUAGAAUGGCAGGAGGAGAUCGGAAGGGAACCUUUAAGGUUGAGUUUCUAAAGGAGGUGGAGAAGGAAGCGCAGGAGAAGUGGGAGAACCUUAAGAUAUUUGAGGUGGAUGCUCCACAGGAAGGAGAAGGAACAACAGAUGAGAAAUACAUGGUAACCUUCCCUUAUCCGUACAUGAACGGUCGAUUACACUUGGGGCACACCUUCACUAUUUGUAAAUGCGAGUUUGCCGUGGGAUUUCAACGCCUCAAGGGAAAGAAAUGUUUGUUUCCCUUCGGGUUCCAUGUGACCGGUAUGCCGAUCAAAGCUUGCGCAGACAAGAUCAAGAGAGAGCUAGAGGCGUUUAGUAAUCUGAAUUGA